UUGAAAAAUCUGUGCUCUGUGCGGUUGGUUUGAGUCCUGGUUCGAGUUAGUUAUUAUCUAUUACUAGUUCUACUAUCUUGACACUGGAUUCCACGUUGUGCUAAUAACAACAAAUCAGUCUUGCAUAGAAGCUAAAGUGUUCAUUCGUAAAACAAUGCAGCAAUGUUUUGUCACAAUACUAUUUCUCUCCACCGCAUUACUGAGCCCCAUCACUGCUGUAAGGUUUCCUGCUGUGCUGUCUCUCCCACCUGACAACAAAAUAGAGGCAAAUGGGAAUUCUCAUGCUAUGCCGUCUCUCCCACCGGACAACAUAAUACCUGGGGAACAGGACAGGCAAACAAGGCAACAGGCAUAUGGGUACUAUUUGAGAUACGCCAAGCCAUAUUCGGUGAUUGUUUGGAAUCCUUGCAAUAAUCAAGAGGCGAUCUAUAUGGGGUUGACGGGUGUUUUUCACACGACUGCUGUCUUUGAGGAUAAACUUUCUCCACUGUCCAACCCAGGGUGGCUGGACGGACUUGUCACAUCUGCUGCAUUCAUAAACACUGCAGGAGGGAGUCACUAUAUAUUCGUUAUUGAUGGCUGGGCUUGGUUGAGACUAUAUGGACAAUGGUUUCCGUGUCAAGGAGUCACAAACACAGUCAGUCACGUUACAACCGAACAGUGCUGCCUUAGUAUCGACAGUCAUUGUCAGUCAAUAUCCGGUGCCGUUGUACUUUAUCAGAGGGGAGUAUCUGAUAAGCAGGUAAUAUUUUUUUCAACCAAUUGGGGACUCCGUUUUACUCCACUUGCUCCGGGUCUACCAUACAUUGCAUCAAAGGGAAUAGUUGGAGCGAUAUACAUAAUGGGAAUGUCAUUAAAUAUUGUGAUGGCUGUGGUGGAAAUCGGUGAUUACACGCUCGGACGGCCGGACAGAUUUCAUUUCCAAUCUAUUAGUGACUCGUCAGAGAUGUCUGACAAGUAUGCUAUGAUGGACACCGUGGACUAUAUUGAAGUAAUCCAGCCAGUAGGCAUGCGGGGUCAUGUCAUUAUAUGGACACCCAGAAUGCUUCUUUAUUCCCCAAACAAUGGUUUUGCCUGUUUGCCUGUUUAUGAAGUGGGAAAAGGAAGGGACAAGAUCCUACCGGCAAAUGGAGAUUAUAUCAAGUCACUUACAACAGGCGCGAAUGGGGUCAUUGCUUUCAUUUUGAGUGAUGCCUCACUCUACUAUGGUCGACUUGGCCUGGAGGCUACCGUCAUAAAGUUCAAGACUUCAAUGCUAACCCUCGGGUUUUCCUUCGAGAGGGGCAUGUUAUUGGCUUUUAAUGAAUAUGGGGACCUAGAGUUGGUGACGCCGAGUCAAGUUGACCCAACUACCUGGUCUUUUGAAAAAAAAAGUUUGGGUGUGGAGCAACAGCUAACUGAAUUAUGGGCAGAUGGAGACGUGAUACCUUGCCCUGUUGUGCAAUUUUUUGGUGAUUUUAAUGGAAAGUUUUAUUACAUGGACAUUGGAGGGUCUGUCCGUCUAACUGUUGUCUACAUCCCAAUUCCUCAGUGUCCGUUCUUUCCUGUGGUGACUUUGACAAAUGGCGAGGCUUUAAAUGCAAAGGUGGAACUAGUUGUGGAUGGGAUCACAACAGUGGGCAAUAAAAAAUUUAAAAUGGAAAUAUUGAUUAAUCAGAAGUUGGCAGAGACAGGAUUCAUUCAAGACCUGUACAUAGCAUUGGUGAAUGUGGACUUGAUGGAAAGAGGUGUGGCUUGUAGUAAGCUGAAUCCCCAGAAAGCUCACAUCGUGGUUGCGUGCCCACCUGAGAAGCACAUCCGGGUUUCAAGGGAUAUGACCACAUGCACACAGGGGAUUUUGAGUCAAGCCCAGCUACGUAACUUCACUUACAACAUCUCAAAGGAAGUGUAUGACCCAGAAUUCUUGGCCAGACCUAAUGCAGCCACCAGUGAUCUGACAAUUCAGUACGAUUAUUUUGAAUUACUUUGCCCUUUGCUGGUGUAUCAUGAUAUGCCAUGGAUGCCAAGAUUUGAACUUUGGGAGGACGACACGUUUGUGGAAUAUGUGAAGGCAGAUUUUGUGUUGAGAGAAAUUCAUGGGAUGCACAAUUACCAGUACUUGCAGACCGCAAAGAAGGCAAAGUGUGUGUCUCAGCCUCAAGACUGGAUUUCCAUGCUUAUGUCAGGCAAUGUGUGGAACAGAAAGAAUUACAAAAGCUGCAAAGACCUUAACGGCCCACCUUUGACCAAUCCGGAUGCUCCGUAUCAGGUCCUUAACCAGGAAUCAAAAAACAGGAUUGGGUUCUCCAACUACAAUGGCAUGUACAUUUUUGAAGCCACUGUACUGGAUCCAGCCUACAGUUACUGUUCCCUCCAGACCAGAUUUAGUGUAUACGUCUAUGGAGCAUUCCCAAAGAGAAUUCUGCCACCUGGCGUUUUCACCGGAAUAUUUAUUGCUAUCUUCUUCGGACUUCUCAUCAUUGUUUUCUUCAUCCUGAGGCAAAGUGGCUACAAGAAAUUUUCCCCACUUGAAUUCCGCAGUUCUUAAACUGCGCUCAUGUCUGAAGCUGAUAUAAACAAGGAAAAUACUAAAUGAUUAGAGUUUAUUGUUAGACAUGUACAAUCGAUGAAGCUGUACACAUCAUACUUUCUUUUUUCCCUUAUUUUUUCAAUAAAUUUAAGAAGCAGGGAAGAAGAUGAUGCAAAAUGUCAAAUAUAUUUGGUUAUAGUGCCUGCCAUAAUUAUUGGCACCAGUGUUAAGACCUGUUAAAAUAAAAGCAAUAUAUCAAUUUUAUAUUGCAUAAGCAUA